AUGUUAGGAGAAGAGCUGGCAAAGUGCUCAAAUCUUCAAUUGCUCUAAUUAAGUCUUAAAUCAAAUAAAAUUGAAAAUAUUGGAGCAGUAAAAUUGUUUAAUAGCUUAUCAGAAUGUGUCAACUUAACAUAUCUUUAAAUUUAAUUAGACUAUAAUAAAAUUGGUGAAUAAGGUGUUACUAGUUUAGCAACUAUGCUAAAAUAAUUAACAUAUUUGCAAAGUUUAGAUUUAUCUUUAAAAAAAAAUUAGAUUCAAUAAAAAGGAGUAGAAAACCUUUCUAAUGGUCUAGCCUUAUGCACAAAGCUAAAGGAUUUAAAAAUUAUUUUGGAUUACAACAAAAUAUGUAAUUCUGAUACCAUUUACCUGUCUAAUGCGUUAAAAUAGUUAACAGAAAUAAUAUUUCUACAUUUAUCUUUUGUAAAUAGUGAAAUUAAUUAAAGUGGAAUAGAUAAUCUAUCAACAGGGAUUUCUUAUUGUAAAUAACUCUAAAAGCUGAACCUAUACUUAAACUAAAAUAAGAUCAACGACAUAGCUGUUUAUAAUCUAGGUAAUGGCAUAGCUUAGUGUUAAAAUUUAGAUUGCUUAAAGCUAAAUUUAAAUGAAAACAAAAUAAAAAAUUGUGAUAUAUCUAUCUUCUUUAUGAAAUUUUAAAACUUAAAACAUCUUUAAUAGCUAAGUUUGAAUCUUUCCAACAAUAGUUUAAGAGAUAGUUCUAUUUUAAAUUUUGAAAAAUAACUCUUAGAAUCCAUAAAUUUGAAUAGUUUGAAACUAUCUUUCAGAUCUACUCUCAUUAGUUUAAAUGGGAUGUCUAAAUUGAUUGACCAAAUUUUAUAAAGCAAGAAUAUCAUAAGACUUAAUUUAAAUCCUUUCAUUUAUUAUAGCCUUUUAGAAUUCAAUAAAGCCUUAAAUAAUAGCUAAAACUUGAAAAGCUUAACACUUUAAUAUGAUAAAUUAAAAAAUGAAGAAUUAAAAAAUUUAGGUACUUGUUUAGCUAGUUCUAAGUUUAUAAGAAACUUCACCUUAAAAAUAUCAUAAUGUAAUAAUUCAGAUUCUGAUGAGGAAGUUGUUGUUGACUUUUUAGAAAAAAUAUCAUUGAAUAAUUAAUUGUUCACAUUAAAUAUUAUAUUGCCAUAUGAAUUAGGGAAAAGGGAUUCUAAUAAAAUAGAAAAAAAAUAAAUUAUUUUAUAAUAGAAAUGUCAGAGGCUAUUAUAUUUUUAAGUAGAUUAUGUUGAAUAUUGA